AUUCAGGAAUCAUUUAACAAUUCGGUCCAAUUAAUCAGAAAUACUCCUGAACUGUUUGUUUGCACCGCAGAUCCACCGGCAAUUCCAUUACUAGCAUCUCGGUGCUUGGCACCUUUUUGACAAUGCCCCUAGCCGGACAUUUCUUCCUGCAUAUUAUCUGCAAUAUGGGAAGAUAGGCCUCCACCACAAGCUGCAAGGCAUCACAUCACAUUUUAUCCCAUUACAAGGAAGGUCUUCUAGCAUAUCAAUCGUCCUCUCUUGGCAAUUGGUAAUUUGAAUGAUACCUCGAUCACAAUGGACGCCACUAUGCGCCUGAGCAACGAUACUGAUUCAGCUCAUGAAUCUCAUCUUAAAGAAACACUACAAGAACUCCAGGCGAAGGUCAAGGUUCGCGAGACUACGCUGAAAGAGUUGCGCCGUGCUCCAACUGCACUACGCUCAGAUCAACCUCAUCCUCCUACGGCACAAUGGGAUAUUAUGAAGACAGCCUACGAUGAGCUGGCGGAACAAAGUCCAUUUUUACCGUUCCCGGAUUCUGUACUACCGGCUCUCCUAGCCCUAAGGAAAACCCAUCAGACAGUAGAGGAGACCAAAGCCUACCUAGCAUCCCAUAAAGACUCGGUUGAAAAGACUAAGCGGCGACUUGAAGUAGAAAAGUCGAAUCUUGAAGACCAGAAGGCCCUCUCGCAGAGCUUACGCAAUCGUAUUCAAUCACUCCAGGAUGGACUGGAGAGCAGGAUGGAGAUGGGACCGGAAGAUAUCGCAGCAGAGCGUAUCAACGAGUUGAAACAAAAGAAGAAGCGCUACGAUAAAGAGACUUCUACGCUCCUCAAAGCGCUUAGAAGAUUUAUCGACGUGCAUCUAGCAGGCAUGCUUGCCGCUGAAGAACUCGGCGGUCCUGUCGUUGGCGAGAUUAUGGAUAUUGACGGAGAUGAUCUUGCUGCCGGAUUUAGUUCUCAGGGCAAGCUGAAGAAGGCUAAGGAAAACCCAGAUCAAGAUAAAAGACAACGGCGGAUUGACGAGAUAUGGGGUACACGAGAAGGUGAUCAACCGACAGCGAAAGCAAAUAGUAACAACCGGGAUGAGACCGCGGCUGCUGGCGCGGAGAUGCGGGAUCUAACGGAGGAAUUGCUCAACAGCCUCGCUCAAUCAGACGGCGACAAUUCAGCCGCCUACGUCCAGCUUCCCAGGGAGUCAGCAGCGGCUAGAUUCCUAGUUCGAUCUAAAGUCGCGCAGUUCCAUCCUAGGGACUCUACAAAGUUACGACUAAUCGACUUUGGUAAAGAAUUGGACGAAUAAUACGUUUAAUUCCACCGUAUUGGUAGCCUUGUCAUGAGUCGAUUACAUGAUGAUACGUACGCUACCAAGCACAACACUACCAAGGUUGAGGCUGUCAAUCAAACAGGAGACUCUAUCUCGUUUUCGUUACUAACCCCUUAGACCCGUUUUCUGUUCAAAGUCCGAUAUGAUAUCGGAGCUCGGAGCUUAGGGUAUUUAUCCAAUAGGUAGAAAGCUCAAUGCUGAUGUUUUUAGUCGCACAAGGAAAUUGACUAAGGUAGAAAUACGUAUCUGUUGGCCCAAGAAUCGGCGAUUCUUCUUAUAUUGAAACCUGAAACAACCUGCCACA